AUGUUUACAAGAUUAAGAUUACUGAAACAAUCAAAUAUACUUAGAAGAUUUCAAUCUACCACAACCAAAGUAGAAACUGCUGGUUUUAAUAAUAAAUACAACUUCAAUUUAAAUCCUCCUCCAGUUCAUGAAUAUUGGAAUUUUUAUAAUUCAAGUGUUUUAUUUAUGUUUAUUCCUUUAUUUUUAUCAGUUGGUUAUUUAACUAAAUAUAUGGUUACUAAUUUAGAUUAUAAUUUUACUGCAUUUAGACAAUUUUCAGAAAAUGAUAAAUCUCCAUUAAGAGAAAUAACAUUUGGUGAACAGCAACAAAAGAAAGAAUAG